AAAAAUUUAACACAUAUGUGACCCUGAAAGUACAGAAUGUGAAGAGCACAACUGUAGCAGUUCGAGGCGAUCAACCUUCCUGGGAACAAGAUUUCAUGUUUGAGAUCAGUCGUCUGGACCUGGGUCUAAGUGUGGAGGUAUGGAACAAAGGGCUGAUAUGGGACACCAUGGUGGGGACCGUGUGGAUUGCACUGAAGACAAUUCGUCAGUCAGAUGAGGAAGGGCCUGGUGAGUGGUCUACAUUGGAGUCUGAGACAUUAAUGAAAGAUGAUGAGAUCUGUGGAACUAAAAACCCAACUCCUCAUAAAAUCUUGCUUGAUACAAGAUUCGAGUUGCCUUUCGAUAUCCCAGAGGAGGAAGCCAGAUAUUGGACCUACAAAUUGGAGCAAAUCAAUGCCUUAGGAGCUGAUAAUGAGUAUUCUAUUCAAGAAGAAAGCCAGAGGAAGUCCUUGCCCACUGCUGCCGCCCAGUGUUCCUUUGAAGACCCUGAUAGUGCCGUCGAUGACCGUGACAGUGACUAUCGCAGUGAAACCAGCAAUAGCAUCCCACCUCCUUACCAUACGACUUCCCAGCCCAAUGCUUCUGUGCACCAGUUUCCUGUGCCUGUGCGAUUGCCACAUCAGCUACUGCUUCAGGGCAGUUCCCGGGAUUCUUGCAAUGACUCUAUACAGAGUUAUGACCUUGAUUAUCCAGAGCGUCGGGCCCUCAGGCAAGGCUCACAGGCUAAAUAUGACAAAAUUAGGAUUAUUUCAGCUUUCUCUGAUGUUGACUAUGAAGAACAAGAAGAUAAAUAUGAGGAGAUAGAAGGGAAAAUAUCACAAGACAUUUUAGAAAAUGAUAACCAAAAGGAAACAGUGGUAAAAGAAAGUCAAAAUCUUUCAAAAACUGAUAAAUACUAUAGUCAACCAAAACAACCAAAGUACAAUAGUUGGAAGAAGACACCAUCUCAGAACCAACAGACAGAAUUCCCUACAGUCCUUAAUUUUGACCAUAAGUUUGAAACAUCUGUAUUCUCCAGAUAUCCUCAGAAUUAUGAUACAAUAGAUAGGAGAAGAAAAAAGAAACCCUUGUCUAGUAAUAUUGAAGAUAGUAAAAGAAGGCUCUAUGAUGAUAAAUCUAAGAUAUAUAAAUCUGAGAUAUAUCCUGAUGCUGAAAAUUAUAACUGUUGUCACACUGAAAAGAAGAAACAGAAUUUCUCAGUUUUACAUCCCUACAAAAAUGGAUUUGUGGUUAAGAGUGGCACAUGGACCACCAAGUUGGGAAGUUGUGAUUAUGAUCUGCCAUGUUGUUUAAGGGACUGUGAAAAGUCAUCUGGCUCAAACCAGCAUGUAAUUAAUUUAACUCCCCUAGAUAUUAUUGAAGAUUCUACUAGCAGUACUUCUGAAGAACUCCUGGGCUCCCCCAUUUCUGAUGAGCAGGAAGAUUUACUGUCAUCAACAUGGCAUCCAUCCAGUGUCCAUCAUAUUGGAGACUUUUCUGAUGAAUAUUAUGUGGAGAACCCAGCAUUGCAAUUACAAAGCAUAAAUUGUGAUGCAAAUACAGUUGGGUGCUCUAUGGGACACAUGACCCCUUCUAAUGAGGAAUCUAAAGAGGACUAUGUAGAUACAAUGGAUGAACUUCAGUGUUUAGUAGAAACAGUAUCAGAAUAUUUAGCAGAGAAGGAAGAGGAGAUUAAUAGAUUUGGUCCCCUUUCAAAAACAAAAAAAACAGAUAAACAAAAUAGUACAAUUGAUGAUGCAAAACAGAAAAUGCCUAAGGAUCAAAUACCACCUUUAACUAUUACCAAGGAUGACAAGGACAAAACCCUUUCUUUCCCUGAGCUGAAUGGAGUAAAAUGUGCUGUUGGUUCUUUAUUCAGUUCACUCACAGGAAAGGUGGGUUCUGGCACAAAGCAUUUAACAAACUCUGUGGAAAAACUGGUUUAUAUAGUUCCAGAGAAAACAGAGACUGUUAAUCAAACAGAGACAAUUAAUUUGGAAUCUGAACCCAGUGCCAACUCAGUGUUGGAGAAAGAUCUUUCCAUGCAGUCUUCAUUAUCCUCUCAAACAGUUGAUGAUAAGAACAAACAUGGCAGAACUUCUGGAAAUGAGCACAUGGGCAAUAAGAUGGGGAAUCUAAGCUUUGAGAAUGUAAUAGAAACUACUGAAAGGGACUCAGUUCCACAAAGCUCAGUUAUAAAGUCUGUUUUCAGCAUGUUAAAUCCACUAAAAAUCUUUUCAGAAAAAGAGGAAACUAAAAAAGAUGAUCAGAGUAAAGAACUGAGGAGAGAAAGCUUUGUUGGAUGUGGUACAGAGUCAAAUCAAAGGGAGGACACCCUUGACAAUCACAGUGGUAGCAUCACUGCUUUAAAUAGGAGGGAAGGAGAAACCAGAGACCAGUUCCAAAUGCAAGCAAGUGAAGAUUUGUGGUCCUCCCAAGUGGCCAACGAACCUUCAAGUUCAGCUAGUUGUGCAAGUAAGAAAGAUGAGAAUCUGUUUGAAAGAAAAACCUGUGUAGAUUUGUCUCUAUUACCAGAUCACCCAAAAAUAUGUGCCAAAGAUAAGCCAGGACACAUUUGUGUGUCUGGCAGUAGACCUGCAAAUAAAGAGGCUUCUUCAAAGCUGUUAGAGAAGGACAAAGUUACUGGUGAUGACGAUUUCCUUGAGCCACUCAGAAAAUCCUUUAGCCAGUUUUUGUUCACUUCUCCUGAGCCUUGUUCAAAGGAAACUUUGUCAGAAUCUAUGAAAAUUGACCAGGUGAAAGAAGAUGGCUGGGAAAGCAGCCCUAAGAAAGAUGGACAUUCCUUUUCCUUUAGUGGAAAAUUACAUAUUCCAUUUUUCAAAGUUCUUAGCCAUUCUGAAAAGCAGCAGGAUUUAAAAGAGAAAGGAAGCAUUUUUCCUUUGUUUAAAUUUCCUUUCACUGAUAGUCAUAAAGUUGUUAAUGACCAGAGUUUUCAUGACUCGGCAGUAACCACAGAUAAAGAGAUCCAAAGAAAUUACCAGGAAGAGGCCAAACUUAGUUCAGUAAAAUCUAACUCACUUCCAAAUGUACAUAACAAUCUGGAGAAAUUUGGUAGUACAGAGGAAUUUAAUAAGAAUGACCAAGUACAUUGUUCUAAAGAUAUCAACCUUAGUUCAAUAAGGUCUAGCUCAGUUCCAAAUAUUCAUAAUGAUCUAGGGAAAUUUGGCAGUACAGAGAAAUUUAAUAAGAAUGAGCAGAUACAUUGUUCUGAAGAUGCCAAACUAAAUAUAAUAAAUGCUGAUUCAGCCUCAAAUAUUAUUAACAAUUUUGGGAAAUUUGGGAGUAUAGAAGAAUUAAAUCCAAAUGACCAUACAGCAGUAAAGAGUUAUGAAAGUGGUGCCUUACCUAUCCCUGGAGUUGUGUCCCCAAAACAUAAAACUUCAGAUCUUUCAGGAGAAGGUAAGAAUUUUACACAAGUGACAUUUUCAACAGUAUCUUCAUUAGAGUUUAGUUCUACCAUUUCAAAAUCCACAGUGAUUAAUGAAGACAAAGUUAUAGAAAAUACUUCCAAAAAACAAACACAAGGGGGCCUCCUUUCUGGCCUACUUAACAGGUUUUCUUCUGAAAACUUGUCUAAUCAACAAGAAUUAAAUUCAAAAAACAAUGAUUCCUCUCAUAAGAAUAGUACUCCAAGUUUAUUACUCUCUGGAUUAUUUAACUUGAUAUCUAAUAGCAGUACGAGUGAUUGUAAAGCAGAUGAAGCAAAGUUUAUGUCUUUAGGUGACAUUAAAAGUUUGGAUGGAAAUAAACAUUUAUCCUUAGAUAAGAGCCCUGCUACUUCAUGUGUGACUUCUGAGAACAAGAUAAACCGGGUUGAAAAACAUGAAACUUCAGGCUUCAUAAAAAGCUUUUUAUCAUUAUCAAAAGAAAACAUACCAGCAUCUGAUGCUUGGGUUAAUAAUCAUUAUUGCCCUCCUCCAUGCAAAACCCAGCAAAAUGAAAAGCAUUGCCCCACUUCUGAGAACAUAGUAUUUCAAAGUGCUGCCAGUUCUGAACAGGGCCUCUUAGAGAAAUCUUUGAUUGAGAGGCCGACACCAAACCAUAUUCUUGAGGCAAAAUCACGUGAAAAAUUAAACACAGUAAAUUCACCUGUAUUAAAUCCUAACAUUUUUAAUAAAUCAAAUCAUUAUCAGACUUUCGAAGGCAUGAGCAAUCCUUUCUAUUUUGAAUGGGACUCUGAUAUCAAAGAUCUCUCUAAAAAUUCCAGAAAACCUCAGCCAGUUUAUUAUAUGUUGAAUCAAAAUACAUUUCCAUCAGCGGAUGUUUUCUUUUGGCCUGACUCACAAAACCCAGUAAUAAAUUUUUGCCAGAAAGAUCAAAAUUCAAAAAGCUUGGAGUGGAGAACAAAUCCAAACAGUGUCAUUUGGUGUGACUUACCAUAUGAAUCAUCCGACCAGUUAGCAUUUAAUGAAGAUUACUUAUUAAGAGGUGAUAUGUGGGCAGCUAACUCAUUAUAUGGAAAUUCUGUGUACCUUCCAAUUAAUAAGAUGAAGAAUUCACUAGAAGACUUGCCUAUUGACUUAAGUUAUUCUUCACAUGAGAAAACUUCAUGCUCCAUAGUUGAUCAAGAAUCAUUAAGCAUGGAUAGAAACCUUAUUUUUUCAGGUUUUGGUUAUGAAUAUCAGGAAUGGUUGUCAUGUCUUGAAAAUGGAGUCUGGUGGCCCUCAGAGAAUGGGGAUUAUGGAUAUUAUAUGUUCCAUGAUAGUCAAUAUAUCUAUUCUCUCCUUACUGACUCUACUGGGCAGUAUGUAUAUUUAUAUAUACCAGAUUAUUCUUAUGAAGAGUAUUUGAAUUAUGAUUUACAGACAAAUUAUCUAUCAAGUAUUACGUUAGAUGACAGCAUUAUUUCUGCCCAUAAUCUUAAAGUAAUUGACAAGGAAGAUGAAAUAUUGUGGUAUGUUGAAGAACAACCAAUUGAUGACCCUGUUGAUUUAUCUGUAGCUUUGCCAAGAAGGGAGGGACCAUUGUAUCUAAAUUUAGAAACCUUUUCACAAGCAUUUGAACAGUCAAGUUUAAUCCAGAAGGAUCAGCCAUUGGAUUUUUCAGUCUAUAAUCCUCAGAAGUUUAAAGGAGAUCUUUUAUCUUCCAAAGAAAGGCCCUGUGGCUCUGAAUGUACGCUGGAUCUCAGAAAUCAGCCCCAAACUAUUAGUAAUCAUGUCUUGAACAGAAGUCAAGUUACAGCAAGAGGUGAGAACCAGCCUCUAGCUAAAGAUUCUUCAGUUCACCUUUCCAGUUUCCAGUGGCUUCCAUCAUUUUCUGAUGAAGCUUCCUCUUCAGUUCAUCCUGAAAAUUUGACUAAAGGCUUGCAGCAAGCAGAAGAGACACCAUCAGUGAACAAAGUGACUCCAUUAUUUUCUGUUUGGGAUGCCUUGGUUGAAAGUACUUUGAAUUUUGAUAAAAGUGAAUCUCCAGAGGCUUUAGUCAUGCAUAAAAUGGAUCAGCAGUCAAAACUGGCAGAACUUACAAGUGAUGGUCUUCAUCCAUUAAUUUUGAGUAAGCAAUUGAAGAGUAACUCCCAAAAGAAGGAAGAAAAUCAACUUAAGUAUUCAGAGAAACUGACAGUAUCCAAUGUUCAGCAGCGAGACUUUACUAAAAAUAUAAGGCAAGAAUUCCCCUUAAAUAAAAGUAUUCCUGUGAAAAAACAAAGUUUGUUAAAAUCUGAUUAUCAAGUAAGUCCAACAUUAUCUCAGGCUAAAUCAAGUAAAGAAGAUGAUAAAAUCAUUACAGCUGAUUCUGUUUCAGAUACUCCUGUACCACAGUUUAGUAGGGAUGAGCACAAAAGGUGUGAUCUUCCUCAGCAACAGUCUUCCAAAGAGCCUGAGAAAACAUUAUUUAAAAGUGCAUUGAAGCUCUUUGGUCGAGAAGAAUCUUCAGCAGGAACAAUGGCAAAUGAAAAACAGGCAUCUAGAUUUUUGAACCUCUUUAAAACCCAGGCGAAUAAAGAAGAAUCAUCAAACUUGGAAAAGAGUGAUGGUGAUAAAAAUGUAAAGACAUCAUCUCAGGAAAAGAAAGAAUCUUCUAGUGUUUCACAUAUUUUUGGUACCCUUGGGGAAUUCUUUAAAACCAAUGUAUCUCCCAUACAAACAACUGAAAAUAUGCCUCUUUCUUCAGCAAAUGAUAAGGAUGAGGUCAAGUCAAGUCUUAAUUCUGUACAGCUAAAUAGUCAAGGUAUUGGGAACUUAGAAACUCCUGCAGCAGUUUAUGUUGAAGGGAAGAUUAGAGGUAGAAGUCUGAACAAACAGGCUACCAUUGAUGACAGUUGGCUAAGGGAACCAUCAAUCAAGGAAACCCAGGAUAGUUUAAACGAAAAAGAAAAACCCUUCAGAGACCACCUAAUCCAGCAGUCAAUAGAACCAUCUUUCUCAACAAGUUGUCUCAAAGACUCUCCUAGAGAUUCUUCAAAAGAAAUUAGUGACAUGUCCACAGUGACAGAAGGUCCAAAAAGUAGUAAAAUUCCUUUUGAUAUUCUGAGCAGAAGAAAAUCAAAUGAACUAGAUCAUCUUCCUGGUAAAGACUGGAGUUUUUCAACUGCUACAACAUCUCCAUCUCAACCAGAACCACCAAUCAGAAAGAGUAUAUUUUCUUUCUUGAAUAGAUCUGAAAAAUCUGAGAACAGAGCCUCUACUGCUUUACCAAGAGCUAGAUCUCAAGCAGAAGGGCUAUUCACACUUCCUUCCUUUUUUUCCACUACUAACUCAAGCAUCAAGGAUACCUCUUGUAAGAAGAGCUCUAGUUUCAGUUUCUUCAGCUUGUCCUUUUUGGAUGAAAAGCAGCAGACUCCUGUUGCUCCAGUGACUACCCAGCCCUAUAAGAAGCCAAGUGUUUUUGUAGACACUGUUGUCUCAAUGACUAGGGAAGGUUCUAGUGAUCAUAGAGACAGCAUAGCUCAAGAAGUAGUUCAUAAACAACAAUUGGCCCCUUGUAUUUCCACUAGCAACACCACUGAGAUUACCUCCCUGGCAGAUGAGUUCAGUGUAGAGAAAACACAGGGAAAACUGAGUUCCAGUAAUGAACCAGAGAUAUCUUUAGAUUUUCAGGUGGAUCAGGUACAAAAAGACACUGUUCCUCCUCCAUCAGGAUUUCAGUCACAUGCUGAAACGUUCUUCAUUGACCCAGAAACCCUUGAAGUAACAACUCCCCAGAAAGAAGAGGCUUUGAGCCAGAAAGCCUUCGCUGGUGACUCUCUGGCCAAGUCUUUUUCUUAUGAUAACCAUUUGAAUGAAAAACUCAAUGAUUUAGAUGCUUGUACUGAAUGCCAAAAUGAAACAUUUACUACAGACCCACUGAACUUACCAUUAGAAAUGGUCUCUGAUGAAGUCUCACCCCAAAUCAAGGAGCCAGCUGCUGCUUCUUCAGACCCUGGGUUUGCAGGGCACCUCCAGAACAGAGAUGCAGAUAAAAAGGAGGACAAAUCAAUGCUAGACUCUAAAGUAGAAAUGCUUUCAGGGUUUAUGACCAAAGUUAAAUCUUUCUCUGGGUGCUUAAUUGAACCUCCUAAAACUUUUUCUGGACUUUUCUCUUCUCCUAAAUCUCCAAAGAAAAACUCCUUUCUCUCUUUUUCUUCUAAUGCAUCAUCUCAGCCUCUCAAAGGUGAGCUGUUUGGAAUUUUCAAAAGUUCCAAACCAGAAACAUAUAAACAAGAAUCAUCUGUUGCUACUUCAUGGCUUCAAAAUGGUUGUUCCAGAGAGGCUGUGGGAUCCAUACCUCCAGAAAGUUUGCAUAGAGCUGCCUCUGCAGGACUCAAUUCAGAUUCUACUCUCAGUGACUGUAGAAUGACUGUGGUUAGUACAAAGUCAGAAUUAGAUGGCUUGACAGACGACUCUAAACUAACAACCAAAACGGAAAAAAAUAAUGUUCUUGAAAAUGUUUCAGAACCCCAAGGUUUUGAAACAGUUGCUACAUCUUCUGUCUCAGAGGAUGAUAUGAGGCAAGGAGUAUUGUCUUUAAGUGAUGGAGGAGACAUGGGAAUGCAGCAGGGUACAGACACAGAGGCAUCAUUAGAAGCAGAGCAUAUUCUGCUACCAACACAGUUGCAUACAGAUCCUGCCUGGAUUACUGAAGAGCUUCCUCCUCCAACUCAACCACCUCUUCUUGAGCCAGAGCUAGCUAUUCAGACUGCCUCUACAAACCAAAACAUCUUGGAAGUGCAGGCAACCAAUUCACUAGAAACCAAUACUACACUGUUUGAUGAGGGAAAUGUCAAUGAGAACACCACGUCAGAAACCCAAGGGGAUAUUUUUCAUCCUCUGCAGGAAGAACCUGUGCUUUAUGCCAAAGAAGUUUGUGGGGUACUUAAUGCCCAGGAAGAUCCACCUGCAGUCCCUCAGGAAAUGGAGCAGCCAAGACCUCUUUUUGAGAUCCCAAACAUGACCAACUGGCCAAAGCUUCGCUUCCCAUCCUCUACUACUGACCGUGGGAAGACACUGAGCUCUUUCUUUUCCUCACCUUCUCCCUCUGGCAACAAAGCAGUAGAGAGUGGUUUAAUGUCUGGUUUUAAGAAGUUAUCAACUCUAUUUGAGAGAGGUAAUAAAGGAAGUGUACCGCCAAGUAAUUCAAAACUAGGGUUUGGAAAGAAACUGGAUCUUUCAUUUUCAUGGCCCAAAGAGAACAAAGGGGACUCUGAACAUGUUCCUGGAGAAUCCUCCCCUCCAAUUUUGAUUAUCAGCAAUGAUCUUAACUCCAGUGAGGCCAGCAAAGCUUCAGAGUCUUCUCAAAUACCUGUAGCCAGUGCUCAGCCAGAUGAGGUCUUAACUCAGUCCUCUGGGACCUCUGAGCAGCUAGAUGCCAGGCCCAGUGUCUCUGUUCACGGAUUGUCAGGGCCUGAAGAAGUAAAAACCCAGCUGGAAAUCUCAGCAUCUGGAGAACUUGGAGGUGCCCAAGGCAGUCUCUCUGGCUCCACUUGUCCUUCAGGGAAACCAGAAGAAGAACACUGCACUGUCUCUGAGCUGCCUAAUCAGCCAGGAAAACAAGAAGAGGAGGUGUUACCUGCUAGUACUGACUGUGUUUCAAGUGAACAGCGACCACUCACUCUAGAUGACAUUAAGGAACCAAUGACCAACAAAAGCCCCACCAGCAGUAGUAGGUAUGGCUCCUCCUGUAAUGUGAGUCAAGGAAGCUCUCAGCUGAGUGAACUAGACCAAUAUCACGAACAAGAUGAUGAUCGUCGGGAGAGGGAUUCAAUUCAUUCCUGCCACAGUUCUGGUAGUCUCUCCAGAGAUGGCCAGGCUGUCUUUGGAGAACAAGAAAAAGCCUUGGAAGUUACAGGUGAAACAGAGAAGGGGAGAGCUUGUGAACCCAAAGAGAUGAGAGAAGAUGCCAUAGCCCAUCCUCCCCCAGAUCUGGUGCUACACAAGGACCAUGUCCUACACCCCCAGGAGAGUUUUCCUGAGGAGAAUGCAUCUUCACCAUUUACCCAAGCCAGAGCACACUGGAUCCGAGCAGUGACCAAGGUCCGACUCCAGCUGCAGGAGAUUCCAGAUGAUGGUGACCCUUCUCUGUCUCAGUGGCUUCCAGAAGGGCCAGCUGGAGGGCUCUAUGGCAUUGACAGCAUGCCAGACCUACGCAGAAAAAAGCCAUUGCCACUUGUCAGUGAUCUGUCACUGGUCCAGUCACGGAAGGCAGGGAUUACUUCUGCAAUGGCUACACGUACCUCUCUUAAGGAUGAAGAGCUGAAAUCCCAUGUAUAUAAGAAAACCCUGCAGGCCUUAAUCUACCCCAUCUCAUGUACCACACCACACAACUUUGAAGUCUGGUCAGCUACCACCCCGACCUACUGCUAUGAAUGUGAAGGCCUACUCUGGGGCAUUGCCCGGCAAGGCAUGCGCUGCAGCCAGUGUGGGGUCAAGUGUCAUGAGAAGUGCCAGGACCUGCUCAACGCCGACUGCCUGCAGCGGGCUGCAGAAAAGAGCUCUAAACAUGGAGCUGAGGACCGGACACAGAACAUUAUCAUGGCCAUGAAGGACCGCAUGAAGAUCCGAGAGCGAAAUAAGCCGGAGAUCUUUGAAGUUAUCAGGGAUGUCUUCACAGUGAGCAAAGUAGCCCACGUGCAGCAGAUGAAAACAGUGAAACAGAGUGUACUGGAUGGCACUUCUAAAUGGUCAGCCAAGAUUACCAUCACUGUGGUGUGUGCCCAGGGCUUACAAGCCAAGGAUAAAACAGGAUCCAGUGACCCUUAUGUGACUGUGCAAGUUGGUAAAACCAAGAAGCGUACCAAGACCAUUUUUGGAAACUUGAAUCCUGUUUGGGAGGAGAAGUUCCAUUUUGAGUGCCAUAACUCCUCUGACCGCAUUAAGGUACGUGUGUGGGAUGAGGAUGAUGACAUCAAAUCAAGAGUAAAGCAGCGGCUAAAGCGAGAGUCUGAUGAUUUCCUUGGCCAAACCAUCAUCGAGGUUCGGACACUGAGUGGCGAGAUGGAUGUCUGGUACAAUCUGGAGAAGAGGACAGACAAAUCAGCCGUCUCGGGAGCUAUUCGACUACAGAUCAAUGUGGAGAUCAAGGGGGAGGAGAAGGUAGCCCCGUACCAUGUGCAGUAUACAUGCCUCCAUGAGAACCUUUUCCAUUAUCUCACAGACAUUCAGGGUAGUGGAGGAGUCCAGAUUCCUGAGGCUCGAGGAGAUGAUGCAUGGAAGGUGUACUUUGAUGAGACAGCCCAAGAAAUUGUGGAUGAAUUUGCCAUGCGCUAUGGCAUUGAGUCCAUAUAUCAGGCUAUGACGCAUUUUGCAUGUUUGUCAUCCAAAUACAUGUGUCCUGGUGUGCCAGCAGUGAUGAGCACCUUACUGGCCAACAUCAAUGCCUACUAUGCCCACACAACCGCCUCUACCAAUGUCUCUGCAUCUGACCGCUUUGCAGCCUCCAACUUUGGGAAAGAGAGAUUUGUAAAACUUCUGGACCAGCUGCACAACUCACUGAGGAUAGACCUCUCUACAUACAGAAAUAAUUUCCCUGCUGGGAGCCCUGAGCGGCUUCAGGAUUUAAAAUCCACAGUGGAUUUGCUGACCAGCAUUACUUUCUUCAGAAUGAAGGUACAAGAACUGCAGAGCCCUCCAAGAGCCAGCCAGGUGGUAAAGGAUUGUGUGAAGGCCUGUUUGAACUCCACAUAUGAGUAUAUCUUCAACAACUGCCAUGACUUAUACAACCGCCAGUACCAGCUGAAGCAGGAGCUACCUCUAGAGGAACAAGGUCCCAGCAUUCGGAACCUGGAUUUUUGGCCCAAACUCAUCACACUCAUUGUGUCAAUCAUAGAGGAAGAUAAAAAUUCCUAUACACCUGUUCUGAACCAGUUUCCUCAGGAAUUGAAUGUGGGAAAAGUCAGCGCAGAAGUGAUGUGGCAUCUGUUUGCCCAAGACAUGAAAUACGCAUUAGAGGAGCAUGAGAAAGACCGGCUGUGUAAGAGUGCUGACUACAUGAACCUGCACUUCAAGGUGAAGUGGCUCCACAAUGAAUAUGUGCAGGAUCUGCCUGCCCUCCAGGGGCAGGUGCCUGAGUACCCAGUGUGGUUUGAGCAGUUUGUGCUACAGUGGCUGGAUGAGAAUGAGGAUGUAUCCCUUGAAUUCCUGCGUGGGGCCCUGGAACGAGAUAAGAAGGAUGGGUUCCAGCAGACAUCAGAGCAUGCACUCUUUUCCUGCUCUGUGGUGGACAUCUUCACGCAGCUCAAUCAGAGCUUUGAGAUCAUCCGGAAGCUGGAAUGCCCAGACCCCAACAUCCUUGCCCACUACAUGAGGAGAUUUGCUAAGACCAUCGGGAAAGUGCUGAUGGAAUAUGCAGACAUCUUAUCGAAGAACUUCCCAGAUUAUUGCACAAAAGAGAAACUGCCCUGCAUCCUGAUGAACAACAUGCAGCAAUUGAGGGUCCAGUUGGAGAAAAUGUUUGAAGCCAUGGGAGGCAAGGAGCUAGAUCCUGAAGCUGCAGACAGUCUGAAGGAACUGCAGGUGAAACUGAAUACAGUUCUGGAUGAGCUCAGCAUGGUGUUUGGAAACAGCUUCCAGGUGCGGAUCGAUGAGUGUGUUCGACAAAUGGCAGAUAUCCUGGGCCAGGUUCGGGGCACAGGAAAUGCGUCCCCCAACGCCAGGGCUUCAGUGGCUCAGGAUGCAGAUAGUGUGUUGCGGCCUCUCAUGGACUUUCUGGAUGGCAACCUCACACUCUUUGCCACUGUGUGUGAGAAGACAGUACUCAAGCGUGUCCUGAAGGAGCUCUGGCGGGUGGUGAUGAACACAAUGGAAAGAAUGAUUGUUCUGCCACCCCUCACAGACCAGACGGGCACCCAGUUGAUCUUCACUGCUGCCAAGGAGCUGAGCCAUCUUUCCAAACUCAAGGACCAUAUGGUGCGAGAAGAAACACGGAAUCUCACUCCAAAGCAGUGUGCUGUCCUCGACCUGGCCCUGGACACCAUCAAGCAAUACUUCCACGCGGGAGGCAAUGGACUAAAGAAAACCUUCCUGGAGAAGAGCCCAGAUCUGCAGUCUCUACGCUAUGCUCUAUCCCUGUACACACAGACUACAGACACUCUCAUCAAGACCUUUGUGCGCUCCCAGACUGCCCAGGCAUCUGGUGUGGAUGAUCCUGUGGGAGAAGUCUCUAUUCAGGUGGACUUAUUUACACACCCUGGUACUGGGGAGCACAAGGUUACAGUGAAAGUGGUGGCUGCCAGUGAUCUCAAGUGGCAGACAGCAGGUAUGUUCCGGCCUUUUGUGGAAGUGACCAUGGUUGGCCCACACCAAAGUGAUAAGAAGAGGAAAUUCACAACCAAAUCCAAGAGCAACAACUGGGCCCCCAAGUAUAAUGAGACAUUUCACUUCCUCCUGGGAAAUGAAGAGGGUCCAGAGGCCUAUGAGUUGCAGAUAUGUGUGAAGGAUUACUGCUUUGCCCGGGAGGAUCGCGUUCUAGGGCUGGCUGUGAUGCCUCUGAGGGAUGUGGCAGCCAAGGGCAGCUGUGCCUGCUGGUGCCCAUUGGGCCGGAAGAUCCACAUGGAUGAGACAGGCAUGACCAUUCUCCGGAUUCUGUCUCAGAGGAGCAAUGACGAGGUGGCCCGAGAGUUUGUGAAACUCAAAUCAGAGUCCCGUUCCAUGGAAGAAGGCAGCUGAGCACUCUUGGUGUAUGUGUCCACCAGGCAGCACCUAUUGCACAAAUCAGCCAGUGGGGGCUAGCUGUAUAUCCAGCCUAGGGUCCUUGUAGUAAAGAGGCUGAUCUCUUUGGUUAAGUAUAUUUAAGGAAAUUUGGGGGACAUUGAGAGUAUGACUUUUUACAAAAAGCUUCAUGAAUUCCUGAGUAGCCAGUUUGUGGUACUAGGAGCUGGACUGUGGGAGCUACUCCCUUUAGAAAUUUUCCACAAAGAGAGAGGGACAGACAUUUCAGAAAGUGUCAGUCAUUCUUGGUAGAUACCCCUCUGCUCCACUUCCCAUGUCUAUACUUCUCCAAACCACACCUUAUCCAGUUAGAUACUCACAUUCCAAGUAUUAGAAGAACAAGUUUAGAGGACCUGGAGUUUGUUCCUGGCUGGCUAGAUAGUCAGUUUAGCCUAUAGAUAUUGCUGAGCUGUGUGAUUUAUAUUGGAGAGUGGGAAGGGAAGGAGCACACAGAAUAGAAUUUAAUGUUUUUUGAGCAGAAUCUACUGGUUUUGUUUGGCUCCAAUGAGAACAAGGCUUUGAAAAUGAACAAGAUACUUUCUGGAAAUGAGCUGUGCUAAUCUCUUCCCUCAGAUUUUAUCUGUCAUGAAUAGAAACAAGUUCACAUGGUGCUUCAGAGCCCUGAGAAGACUAUUUGUUUGGAACUCACAUAUCAGGGGCCAUCUUCCCAGAGUCCCCUACCUCACCUCUAUAGGCAGGGGAGUGAUCCUGAAGACACAGGAGGUUGUUCUCUUGUGUAUAUACCUGAGAGCUAGCUGAAGGGUUUUCUUCUCGGUAGACCCGGAAUAAAGCCAAAACUUGUGGAAACUAGAGAGGGCUGUCCUUAUCUAUGACUGUGUCUUCUGACUGCCUUCCUUCUUGCAGAAAGUUCUAGUCUUUGGCCUUUCUCCCUGUCAUCAGGGUCAGCUGCUGGUCCCCUCAUAGAUGUUCAACCCUACAGAAGGAGCUUGGACUCUGAUCUGUACAGACUGGAUGGAGAGGGCCUCAACAUUCCAUGGGAGGUCAGACAAAUUCUUGCAGAGGGUCAGAUGGACUUCCCAGGCCCUUGCUCAGAGAUGUGACAUGAUCCUCUUGGAUUUCCUCAAUAGCAACCGCCUGAACUUCCUGAGGAUUCAGCAUUGUCCACAGCUGUACUGGCCAAUAUGUGAAACAAGAAACCAAGCAUCUUUGCUGUUUUUAAUUAUUGUAUGUGCCAUUGUUACAGGAAAUUAUAGGCUAGUCUGUAAUAAAUUAUCUUAUAGCAGCC